CGCUCUCAAAGAGGCAUUUUGGGCUAAAGUGCGCUCCACAGCUCCGUUUUGCAUUAAGCAGGCGACACCGCUUCCGGUCUUUGGUCCGCUUUUGCGUCCUUUUUUUGUUGGGUACUUCGCCGACGUUGACACGCUGCUGCACAAUGCUUCUAUUGUGCCCGAGAAUGUGGAUAUUGUGCUGAACCCCGUUUCUCCCAUUGAGUUCGUUCUCGCCCGCGAGGCGACGGAUCGUGUGCUUCACAAGGACCAGCUGCUUCAUUUGGCUUACCGACGUGUGGAGAGGGAGCUCCGCGGAGAAUUCCACCGCUUUUUUCGUUACUUAUCCCCUGAGGUGGCGUGGGCGCGAAGUGCCUGUGUUCCCUUUUCUCUGCCCGGAAGACCCGACGAGGUGAGCUAUGAAUUAGUUAUUCUUCUGCAGAGUGAUGACAUUCACCGGACCUUUUCGUCUCUUCGUGCGGCAAAGCUUCACUGCCUAUUAAUGGGGCAUACGGACCUGGACGUGUUACCGUGGGACGCGGCCGCGCCGUACGUGAGGGAGGCAUCUUCAUUGUUUUACGAACGGGGUGCGUCAAACGAUAAAAACUGUGAGUUUCAGGGUGAUCUUGGCGUCUUUGAGCAAAGGGGGCCCAUACAGACGAUCAACGUGGCGCAGCCAGCGGAGAGUUUUUAUCACGACCCUACCGCUGCGUACACAGAAAGCCAUGCCGUGUUUACCGAGGAACUGAAGCUGAAGAGGCGUGUGCGGUAG